AUGACUCUCGCCUGCAGGACCGCCGACCUUCUCUCCCGCGCCACCCAUGCGCUAAAGCAAGUCAUGUCCGGCCAGCACACCCUACAUUCCGCCGAUGAGCGCCGGUCCGCCCUGACACUGCUCGCAGUAACGGUACAUGCCGCGUCGCGGCUUGUGGAGGUCGUGCACGUGCAGGUGCUAGGCCGUGAUGAGGUGGGGAGGAAAGCCCAGACGGUGGUGGAGGAGACAGAGAGGAUCAAGGUGGAGACAGAAAAGAUUAGCAAGGAGGUCGAAAGGUCUGUGGCUGAAACGGGGAGGCUACGUGCCGAGGCGGACAAGGUGGCGAAGGAGACGGAGAGGGCAAAGGCCGACGCUGAGAAGGCUGGUAAGGAGACUGAGAGGGCGGCAGCGGAGACAGAGCGGCUGAAGGCGGAGGCGAUGCUGGUGCGGAGUGACAAGAUGAGGACCGAUGCAGACACGGAGAGGGCAAAGGUAGAGAUAGAGUGGUCGAGGAGGGAGGGGGAGAUGGUGGCUAAGGAAGUUGAGAGCUCGACGCAUGCAGUGCGGGAAAUAGAGGAGCCAAGUAUUAAGGCGCCAACGGAGCGGCGGAGAAGGGUGCGGGUAAACCUGGGGCCAGGGAGGGUCGAGAAGCAGGUUGAGGGGGGUGCGCAGGAGACCCAGGUGGACCCAUUCGAAACGUACGGCGAAGCGCUGAGGAGGAUGGGAUACAUAAUCAGGUUUUUGGCAAAUGAGUAUAGGCAGGUAAUCAAACUUAUGAAAACCACGCCGGCACAUGACCCCAACUACAACGCUAAUGGAACUUUCAAGAGGAAUGGGUUAGCUAGGCCAUCUGGCAAGAUCAUAGGACUUUAG